AUGGAGACUGGAUGGAGCAGGAAGAACAGGAUAGGAACAGAACUAGAAGCACAGGAGCCUGAGCAGGGAGGCGAGAAACAGGGACAGUGCCCCAGGGCUCAGCAGACUAAAACUGGUUUUGCCCAAUUGUACAAUGAAGGUUCAGAAAAUGCUUGUGAUGUUCGCCUGAAACUUACUAAGGAAGCGCUGACUAUACAAAAGCAAGACGUUAUCUGUGUUUCUGGGAGUGACCAGAGUACAAAUCGCAGAACUGUUACACUUCAUAGACACCCUAUUGGAGGACUGGGUUUAAGCAUCAAGGGUGGAGCACAACAUAAAGUACCUGUUGUUAUAUCAAAAAUCUUUAAAGAUCAGCCAGCUGACAAGACUGGAAUGUUAUUCAUAGGGGAUGCAGUUAUGCAGGUUAAUGGCAUAAAUGUUGAAAAUGCGACUCAUGAAGAAGUGGUUCACUUAUUACGGAAUGCCGGAGAUGAAGUGACAAUUACUGUUUACUAUUUAAAGGACACACCUUCAUUUCUUAAGUUGCCACUAGGCUCUCCGGAUCCUCCCAGUGACCAUAGCAGCGGAGCAUCAUCUCCUCUUUUUGAUAGCGGAUUACAUUUAAAUGGAAAUAUUUCGAAUACGGCUCCUUCAUCUCCUUCCUCCCCGACAGUUAAACAAGCCAGAUAUGAGAAGCGAUGGAUAGACGCACUUUCAAUCCCACUAUUGAUGGCUCGGAUAUCGAGAUUCAGAGUUUCAACAGUAAAGUUAAGACGUAACUCAUUUGAGCUGCUAGCACUUGAUGGGAUUUCUUCUGGGAUUCUUCAGUUUAAUACAGCCCAUGACAGUGCUGACUGGUUAAGAGCAAUAUCAACAAACAUCAACGAUCUGACACUACAAAAUAUGAAAAUGAUUAACAAAUGCUAUUCUAUGUGUGAUCAGAUCAUUCACAUGGGCUGGGUGAGUGAGAAAGUCCAAGGUUCUGAUGGAUCCCACAUGUAUAAAUUCAAGUUCCUGGUUUUGAAGGGCUCAUCUUUCUACAUUUUUAAGACGCCACCAGUUAGUACACUAGACUGGGUACGAGCGGAAAAGAUAUAUAACCUCUGUGAGGUUUUAUUUAAAGUAAGCAAGGUUUGGCCUGCUGAUGAAAUCUGGAUUCAAGAAAAUCUGUAUUUAAAUCAUAAUCAAAACGAAGAGCUUGAAGAACAAAGACCUUACUGCUUCAGCAUACUAGUUGGGCAUGGAAAAAGUCAUUAUUUUAGUGUUGAAUUAGGUAGCGAUUUACCAGUUUUGGAGAAGUCUUUCCAAAAAGCAAUCUUUAUGGAAGUUCAAAGAACAGGGUCCAAAACGUAUGUUUGCAGCAGCCAAGGAGAGGUUGUUUGUUUCACUGUGGACUUCAUCUCAGGAUUUACGUGUUUUGAUAGCAAGUCAAAGAAUAUAAUUUGGAGGUUCAAGUUCUCCCAAUUAAAAGGAUCAUCAGAUGAUGGGAAAACCAGAGUGAAGCUACUUUUUCAGAGCCCUGACACCAAACAAAUUGAAAUGAAGGAGUUAGAGUUUCAGGAUCUGACGGCGGUUCUGCACUGCAUCCAUUCUUUCAUUGCGGCAAAAGUUGCUUCUAUGGAUCCCAUGUUCAUAAACAACCAAAGUCACGCUAGAAAAUAUAUCUACAACACGUAAACAUCGAAGCUUUGUGGCAAAACAAGAACUAUUUUCCUACAGAAUCUAUUUCACGCACAGCGAAAUUUUAAAUGACUUCAAUACAAAUGACUGAAACAGAAAAGAAGACUAUUUUUAUUAUUUAUCAUGUUUCAUUUUGACUUCAUUUUGAAAGCAUCAUUUCGGUGUACUUCAUGGAAAUAUCGAAAGCACAUUUUCCCUAUCUCGUAUAAGUGGAGGGGACUAUGAUUUAGCACUUUACAAUAACUGCUCUAAGAUUUUGAACAUAAUUACUAAAAAUGUACUUUUUCUUUUUCAUUAAACCCAUUAUAUAGAAA